AUGUUGUUUUUGCUUUUCUCCGCAGCGUUAUGUCGCUCAAGUAUGCUUUCACUCAUUCUUACUGUGUUAUUCAAAGAUGGAAAGGAGCUUUCUGUUAUUAACAAUCUUGCUGAUGCAAUCAUUCACGGAAGAUCGGGAACAGGAAAAACAGUCCCUGCUGGACCUGGAGUUUUCGAAGAAAUUCGUGAGUCCACUAAAUAUAGAGACAACAUGAUGUUUGCAAACUCCACUGCCGCUAAAUUAAUUCGUGAUGAAAUAAAACAAAAAAUAGCGACACAUCCGGCAGGUACCAUUGAAUCUAAGACUGGAUUCAAGCAACACAUUUGCUUCCAAUGUGACACACUUGGUAAUUUUUGCGGCAAAAUGAAUUACGUUGCAACGUAUAAACCUACUGAUUGCGGAACACAUGUUACUGCUUCGGCAUAUUAUUUUGGAGUUGACCCAUGGGACUUUGUGCCAAAUGCAGGUUCCAGUGAUUCAGAUAAUUUCUGGCGCGAACAACUUCCAGGAAAGUUGGUUAACCUCCGUGGAAACUUCAAGGUGUAUGACAUCACAUACAAUAUUUCAGAAACUUACGAAUUUGAUAUUACAAACUAA